AUGUCCCAUUCACGGGCCUUCUCAGUGGUGGCUCCCACCUCGGGGAACCGUCUGCCUGAGGAGGUCAAGAAGACCCCCACGGUUGUGGGGGCACGAAACAGAGAUGUUCAGGAGGGCAUUUUUAUAAAGAGAUUAGAAAUGCGGUCGAACAGAACAGUCCAGGAGGCGCUCGCGGCCGGCGCUCUCCCCGCCCGCCCGGGCCUCUAUGGUGUCCUUCUCCUCCCCGUCGCUGCGGCUGGCAAGAUGGCGGCGGCGCUAGGCCCAGGCCUCUGCCCGGGGGGCGCCCUCGAGAGCCGCGCCUUGGCCUACACCCUGCACCGCUGGAGCAGCUUCUCCUCCACCUACCUGCCCGAGAACAUUUUAGUGGACAAGCCCAACGAUCAAUCUUCACGGUGGUCUUCCGAAAGCAACUAUCCUCCCCAGUAUCUGAUCUUGAAACUCGAACGACCUGCCAUAGUCCAGAGUAUCACGUUUGGAAAAUAUGAGAAAACCCACGUCUGCAAUUUAAAGAAGUUUAAAGUUUUUGGUGGGAUGAAUGAAGAAAACAUGACAGAUCUGUUAUCUAGCGGCUUAAAGAAUGAUUAUAACAAAGAAACCUUCACCUUGAAGCAUAAAAUCGACGAGCAGAUGUUCCCUUGCCGUUUUAUCAAGAUAGUUCCGCUGCUGUCAUGGGGUCCCAGCUUCAACUUUAGCAUCUGGUACGUUGAACUGAACGGCAUCGAUGAUCCGGAUGUGGUCCAGCCCUGCCUCAAUUGGUACAGCAAGUACCGUGAACAGGAAGCCAUCCGCCUCUGCCUGAAGCACUUUCGCCAGCACAACUACACGGAAGCGUUUGAGUCCCUGCAGAAGAAAACCAGGAUUGCACUGGAGCACCCCAUGCUGACUGACCUGCAUGACAAACUCGUUCUGAAGGGGGAUUUCAACGCCUGCGAGGAGUUGAUAGAGAAAGCCGUGAGCGAUGGUUUAUUCAACCAGUACAUCAGUCAGCAGGAAUACAAACCACGAUGGGGCCAGAUAAUCCCCAAAAGCACCAAAGGUGACGGCGAGGACAGCAGGCCAGGAAUGAGAGGUGGCCAUCAAAUGGUCAUUGACGUUCAGACAGAAACGGUUUAUUUGUUUGGCGGCUGGGACGGGACGCAGGACCUCGCAGACUUCUGGGCGUACAGCGUGAAGGAGAAUCAGUGGACGUGUAUAUCGAGAGAUACCGAAAAAGAGAAUGGUCCCAGCGCCCGCUCUUGCCACAAGAUGUGCAUCGACAUCCAGCGGCGGCAGAUCUACACGCUGGGCCGGUACCUGGAUUCCUCCGUGAGGAACAGCAAGUCCCUGAAGAGCGACUUCUACCGCUACGACAUCGACACGAACGCGUGGAUGCUGCUCAGCGAAGACACUGCGGCGGACGGAGGCCCCAAGCUCGUCUUUGACCAUCAGAUGUGUAUGGAUUCCGAGAAGCACAUGAUCUACACCUUUGGCGGAAGGAUUUUGACCUGCAACGGCAGCGUGGACGACAGCCGAGCCAGCGAGCCGCAGUUCAGCGGCCUGUUCGCUUUCGACUGUCGGUGCCGGACGUGGAAGCUCCUGCGGGAAGAUUCGUGUAACGCUGGCCCUGAGGACAUCCAGUCCAGGAUAGGGCACUGCAUGCUGUUCCAUUCGAGGAAUCGCUGCCUGUACGUGUUCGGUGGGCAGAGGUCAAAGACGUACUUGAACGACUUCUUCAGUUACGACGUCGACAGCGACCACGUGGACAUUAUCUCGGAUGGCACGAAGAAAGAUUCGGGGAUGGUGCCCAUGACUGGCUUCACCCAGAGAGCCACCAUCGAUCCGGAGCUGAACGAAAUCCACGUGUUGUCCGGCCUUAGCAAAGACAAAGAGAAAAGGGAAGAGAACGUUCGCAACUCCUUCUGGAUUUAUGACAUCGUACGGAACAGCUGGUCUUGCGUCUACAAGAAUGACCAGGCGGCCAAAGAGAAUGCGAGCAAGAGCCUGCAGGAGGAGGAGCCCUGCCCGCGUUUCGCACACCAGCUCGUGUACGACGAGUUGCACAAGGUUCAUUAUUUGUUUGGAGGGAAUCCAGGCAAAUCCUGUUCUCCAAAGAUGCGGCUGGACGACUUCUGGUCCCUCAAGCUCUGUCGGCCAUCCAAGGAAUACCUGCUACGCCACUGCAAGUACCUAAUAAGGAAGCACAGGUUUGAAGAGAAGGCCCAGACGGAUCCACUAAGUGCCCUGAAAUACCUGCAGAACGACCUGUUUGUCACGGUAGAUCACUCGGACCCGGAGGAGACAAAAGAGUUCCAGCUGCUGGCCUCCGCCCUCUUCAAAUCCGGCUCAGACCUGAGCACCCUGGGAUUUUCGGACGUCGACCACAUCUACGCCCAACGAACUCAGCUCUUUGAUACUUUAGUGAACUUCUUUCCCGACAACAUGACGCCGCCCAAAGGCAACUUGGUAGACCUCAUCACUCUGUGA